AUGAACGAAACGGGAGGACAAGGAUUUGGGAACUCCAAAGGUGGAAAAUCUGCCCAUAAAUCGUCGGGGAAGGACAACUGCUCCGCAAAGUCAAAGGGAGGAAGAAAAGUUCAGUUUGAGUCGGGAGGUUCCGGUGGAAAAGCAGGAAAAGAAGACAAGAUUGCUAAUGGCAGCAAGAGUUCCCAAGCAAAAGCACCUUCUCCUCUGGAGUGGAGACUUGAGCAAGAAAAUAGCGAAUUCUUGAUGGACUGCGAAGCUGCAGAAAUCUUGCAAGGAAUCCAAGAGCAGAUGGUGAUGUUGUCUGAGGAUCCGAAUAUAAAACUCCCAGUUUCAUUUGAUAACGGCCUGUCGUAUGCCAAGAGAGGCAGCUCCUGUUCGAAAUCCCAAACUGUUAGAAAAAUACUUCAACCUCUCAAGAAGUACGGAGUUUCUAAUGCAGAGAUCUGCCAAAUUGCCAACCUUCGCGCCGAAUCUGUUGAAGAAGUUUUCGCUCUUAUCCCGUCCCUGAAGGCAAAGGAAAACAAGAUAAAAGAACCCCUUAGAAUUGCGCUGGGCGAACUAACUAAUCUUAGGGAUGCUCUGGAUGAACUGGCCAGGUACUGCAUGAUUUUGGACACAGUAGCUGUGAAUGUGGCUCCAGAUUUCAUGAACGUAACGCACACCACCUAG